AUGGGAGUGACGGCACCCAGCACGGCUUCAAUCGAUGAGCACUCGCCCCUGCUUGCGGCACAGCUAAGUGUUAACGGCGGAAACACAGUGACAGACAGACUCAGCAAAAAUGAACACCCCAGCCGCUUCAGCGUGGCAUCGGAGGAUGAUGAGAGCGUCCAAGAACGACCGCUAAGGUCAUUCUUCCGCGUCUUCUACGAAUUUUCAACUCCUUUUGAUCACGCGUUGCGCAUCAUUGGCGUCUGCGCCGCGAUUGCGUCGGGAGCCGCACUGCCCUGUAUGACGCUAGUGUUUGGGUCAUUUGUCGAUGAUUUCAAUUCCAUUGGCUCUGGCGAACAAUCCUCCAGCGAAAAGUAUGAUAACCUUUCCAACAACGCGCUGUUGUUUCUCUAUCUCUUCGUCGGCCGCUACGUGCUCGUUUACAUCCAUUCGUCAUGCUUUGGUGUCUCAGGGAUCAGGGCCAAUAGAGCUUUGCGUCAGCAGUUUAUCAAGUCUGUCAUUCGACAGGACAUUGCCUACAUUGAUUCGUGCUCUGUCGGAGGAAUCACCACGACUAUCUCUGCCAGCGUGAUAUGA